CUAGUGCGGUUCUGACCUGCUCAGACUAGGAGGGGCUUUCUCCAGUCUCCAGCCUGCUACAAAACAACUCGAGCUUUGACUGCAGGGCUGUGAUCGAAACGAUCUUUAAGUGGCCGUGUGAGUGUGGGCAGAAGUAUGGAGGCUCCGCUUGUCUGUCUCGAUGAGGAGUUCGAGGAUCUCCGGCCGUGCAAGAUGGAGGAGCUGGAACCGGAACUGGCACCUCACCGACCUUACGGGACAAUCCCUCUGGCUCCGCUGUGCCGGGAGGACUUCUCCGAAUUGGAGAACUUCUCAGAGAUGAUGAGUUUCAAGUCCAUGGAGGACCUGGUGAACGAGUUCGACGAGAAGCUGAACGUGUGCUUCCACAACUACAACACCAAGACAGAGGGAUUGGCUCCGGUACGCAAUCAGUCGCAUGCAGAGGAGGAUGAGGAGCGAUUGCAGGAUGAAGAUGUGUGGGACGCUCUGACUGAUAACUAUCUGCCGUCCUCUGUGUCCAGCUGGGAUGGCCCGAAUUCAGAGACACUGAAUGGCAACCUUUCAGAUGAUGAAAUACACGAAAAAGAGGAGGAGGAGAUGAAUGAGAAGAAUGAAAAUGCUAACUGUCUGAAUGAAGAACCUCUCAUCACAGCUGACCAGGUGAUAGAGGAGAUUGUUGAGAUGAUGGAGAACUCUCCUGACCCGGGCGAGACUGAGGAAGAGGAGGAGGAAGAAAGCGGAAUCUCCUCCCCUAAGACUAAUCCCUCUCUCCUGGAGGAGAUCCGCAUGCUGUCUCAGGCUGCCAACAACAACAACUGCUCCUACGAAGGAUUAAGACUGAUGCCGAGCUCGGAUCUGCUGGAGCUGCUGGGCCGUGUGGAAAUGGCAGUGAGGGAGUACUCAGAGGAACUGGUGGCUCAAUUAGCACGGAGAGACGAGCUCGAGUUUGAGAAGGAGGUGAAGAAUACAUUCAUCACGGCUCUCAUGGAGGUGCAAAACCGGCAGAAGGAGCAGCGGGACCUCAGCAAGCGCCGGCGCAGGGACAAGGCCAUGAGCCUGCAGGGGUCCGGCCGCUCCGAGAAGACCGGCAUGCCAAUGAAGCGUUUCAGUAUGGAGGGCCUGUCUAACAUCCUGCAGACGGGGAUCAGACAGACUUUUGGAAACUCAGGGAUGGACAGACAGUAUCUAAACACAGUGAUCCCAUAUGAGAAGAAAGGAGCUGCUCCAUCUGUUGAGGAACUUCAAAUGCUGACAAAAAUCCUUUAUGCCAUGAAGGAGGACAGUGAGAAAGUCCCCACCUUGCUAACUGACUACAUACUAAAAGUUCUGUGUCCCACGUAAGCAGCUAUAUGGUCUGUCCUGUCUUUGGGGCUGUGAGGAAGGCUGGGGUCUGCCUCACUCUCACUCUCGCUCUCUCUGUGCUUCAGUCCCAGCUGCAUGAGCUCCUUAACCCUUUCAUCAACAAGGGACCCUUAAAAUCUAACCAUCCACCCUUUUGCUUAGCUUAAUCCAGCUCAUCUCACUGUCCUUCCUGCGUGUGCACAUAUCCACAAGGCCAGUACAGCAGAGCCUGGUGCUUUCCUAUUUUUUUGUAUACUUAUACAAUGGGCAAAAAGCCAUAUGGAGCAUGUUAGGAGGAAACAGACGAAUAAGAAUCCGUUUCCAUCAUUGAUCAGGUAUUCUCUAUUCCUCUCUCUUUUUUUUUUUUAAAAAAGAUAAGCCUACAUGAGGGCACUAUGUUUCUUCUUGUCU